AUGGAUCUCUCUGCCAGCAUCACUCUUCUCUUGACUAUCUCCUGCUGCGUGUGGAAGACCGAACCACGAACGUUUUCUUCUGUGCUCAGUGUGCCAAAUGGGGGUACCUGGGGUGAAUGGGGUCCAGAUUCAUUUUGCUCUUAUGGCUAUGCUAAUGGCUUCUCCCUGAAGGUGGAAAAACGCCAACUGCUAGGAGACAAUACAGCUCUGAAUGGAAUCCGCUUGUACUGUAAUGAUAGCACAGUAAUUGAGUCUAGAGCUGGACCGUGGGGAACCUGGACCAGAAAAAGACUCUGCCCUGGAGGUUAUCUGGUUACUUUUGCCCUGAGAGUGGAACCACAUCAAAAAAUACUUGAUGAUACAGCAGUAAACAACAUUGGGUUCAAAUGCAGUAGCGGUGCUAACCUGAUAGGCUUUGGCACUAAAUGGGGUAAAUUUGGCCCCUGGAGCGAUCGCUGCUCAAUUGGCAUAUGUGGGAUGAAAACAAGGGUGGAGGAUGCACAGGGCAUUAGUGAUGACACAGCACUUAAUGAUGUGGCUUUUUUCUGCUGUUAA